AUGGGUGUAUUCUGGAUAAUCGUGGUAGUAGUUGACGUAAAGACUAUGAGCAAAUUCUCUGUCGUAAUUUUUGUGUGCAUUGCUGCAGUGGCAUAUAGCAAUGCUGCUCCUACGGGUCGUGUGGUGGGCGGUGAAGAUGCCUAUGAGGGUCAGUUCCCUCAUCAGGUGUCAUUGAGACGCAAUGGUUCUCACUCGUGUGGAGGAUCUGUGAUAUCGCGUAAUUUUGUGCUCACAGCGGCCCAUUGUGUGGGAACCACAGAUAGUUCAGGAAAUUAUUAUACCUAUGAUCCCAGUGUUUUCACCAUACGUGUGGGUAUCAAUGAUCGAUUCCAAGGCGGUGUCAUAGUAAGAGUGGCUGAAGUCAUAGCCCAUGAAGAUUAUGGCAAUUUCUUGAAUGACGUUGCCUUGUUGCGUCUUCAGGAACCACUUAUCUAUUCGGCCAAUAUCCAGCCCAUAGCUUUGGCUAGCGCCAUGGUGCCUCCCGGUUCAGAUAUUAUCAUAUCUGGUUUCGGUCGUACUAAGCACAAUGGCGAUGUACCCCAGAAAUUGCAAUGGAAUACUUUGACAGCCAUCUCACGCAGUGAAUGUAAGGAGAAAAUUAAUUGGGAUUCCGAAGCCUUAAUAUGUCUGGGUCAUCCUGCUGACAAUGGCGCAUGUCAUGGUGAUUCUGGCGGACCUGCCAUGUACAAAGGUGAAGUUGUUGGCAUUGCUGGUUUUGUAUAUGGAGGUUGUGGUACAAAUAAUCCCGAUGGCUAUGCUUAUGUCUAUUACCAUAGAGAUUGGAUUAGGAAACAUUCGGAUUUGUGAAAAUAAAAUUAAAAGAAAAAAUCUUUGGAUGUGAUUUAAAAUUGAGUUUUACCUUUUUUUUGAUAUUUGAGACAUUAUUAUUAAUUUGUUUUGCGCUCAAUCCCACAACAAAACGAAA